UCCUCAAACUCAGCCGGGGCCGUUUAAAACACUUCCUCUCCUCAGCGCCACCAAGUAGAACAUACUUCCUCUACUCAGCUCCGCCCGGCCGACGUCUGACAACCAGAGACGAGAGAGAGCGCCCGAGAGAGACAGACCCGCUGCUUUUCUCCGGCGCAGACCCUACUUCUCAGCGCGGAGAAGACGGCUAUGAUCGGUCACUGAGGGAGUCACCGGUCGGAGGUCAGCUGGUUGUCAUGCAGAGCGUCAAGUGUGUCGUCGUGGGCGACGGAGCGGUUGGGAAGACGUGUCUCCUCAUCUCGUACACCACAGGAGCCUUUCCCAAAGAGUACAUCCCCACAGUGUUCGACAACUACAGCAGCCAGGUGACGAUGGAUGGCCGGACCAUCAGCCUGAACCUGUGGGACACGGCCGGUCAGGAGGAGUACGACCGUCUGCGGACCCUCUCCUACCCCCAGACCCACGUCUUCAUCAUCUGCUUCUCCAUCUCCAGCCCCGCCUCCUACGAGAACAUCAGACACAAGUGGCACCCAGAGGUGUCCCACCACUGUCCUGGCGUCCCGGUUCUCCUAGUGGGCACCAAGAGCGAUCUCCGGAACGACACGGAGACCCUGCGGAAGCUGAAGGAGCAGAACCAGAUGCCCGUCACCCAGCAGCAGGGCUCGGCGCUGGCCAAGCAGAUCCACGCCGUGCGAUACCUGGAGUGCUCGGCGCUGAACCAGGACGGCAUCAAGGAGGUGUUCGUGGACGCCGUGCGGGCCUUCCUCAACCCCCAGCCCACCGUCGCCAAGAGGCCCUGCGUUCUGCUCUGAGGCCCGGGCGGACUCGCUCACACGGAGCCGUCCCCGCAGACGCCGUGUACCGUCAGAACCCCGCCCCGACGCCACCCUACACCCCUCUAACGAACUCUGGCUGAGCCACCGACCCAACCUGAUCGGGACAGGAAGGGACAGUCAGAUAUAGAUAUAUAUAUAUACAUAUACAUUUAUUAUUAUUUUGUUUUGAUUUUUAAUCUCACCGAAAUGUGGGAGGAUGAAAGUGGUUCUUGGGUUUCCGAUGUUUCAGAUUCUUGUUGCGAAGAGGCCUUCUAAAGGGACCAGGUCAGUCUCACCCCCACUGAUUCUGUAUGGGCUUUGUGUUUUUUGGUGGGUCUAAUGCUAAGCAGGAGGGUCAGGAGGGGCAAGCACAGGGAAAGACCUAAGAGAUAAACACUAUUUACUGUUUUAAAAUGGUACAUAGAGUGCAAACUCAAGUUAGGUGAGGGGGGAAAGGAUAGUAAUAUAAUACGUUUGCAUUGUAGUACAUUAAGACAGAAAAAUAUUUGAUAUAAGAAACCAGGUGAUUCCAAAGACCUCCUUGGCAUUUCAUUCAAAUUAUAUAUCAGAGUGUGUGUCUUAGAUCCUAACUGGACAGCACAUGCUUUUUGUUGGUUUUCAAAGUUAAUUGUACCUGUAAACUCCCCUAUUACCAUAUGCUAUUAUGGACAUCUCUCCACCAAAGUGUCAAAGAUCAUCUCCUCAAUGCCUAACUUAUUAUUUUUUUAUUCAACCAACCGACAAAUCCCAAUGGUGUCUGGAAUCUGCAGUCAGCGCUGCUUUUUAGUAACCAUUCAACUAGCUUUUAACUUUGUCGCUUUGAAUCGGCGGAAGUGAAACCAGCUUAUUUACCAUUGACUGUGCUGACACAGAACUCUGGCCGAUUACAACACAAGUUUCGAGUUAAGGAAGACACGUCCCAACUCUUAACUUCUUGGUUGGUCAGGGCUUAUAGAAUGACGUAAACGGUGUAGACUCUGCAACACACUGACAUCGUAAAUUGAGUUUGGUUGUUUUGUCGUUGUCAUUUAGCAGAGGUCCCUGUUUAUGCAUUUAAUGGGAUUAUCUCUUUAAUAUUAUUUUAAAGAUAGCCAAUUCCAUUCAUAUCACAGACACCCGUAAAGAAUUAAUUGCUUACUCUAUCUUUGUACAUAAUUGAGACCAGUGUAUGAGUUCCUGUUUCAGCCUACUUUGCAGCCAGCUACGCAAGUGGAUGCAUAUGCAGUGCUACUGUUUACCCCUAAGAGUCUGCGUUCCAGGAAGUCCUCCUUCUGGAGUUUCCUUUGACGAGGCAGGGAGCCACUUCCUCCUCUCCCUCAUUUCCUGUCAGGGGAUGAGACAUUCUGGAACACACAAUUAGAACGGUAGGAACUGGUCUAUUCGUGGCAACAUGGCUGCCAUAACGUUUUGAUGUUUUUUUUAUUGUUAUAAGAAGCUACAUUUUGUGAAUUCUGCUUGUCAUCAUCUCAAUAUCCCUGUAACAAAAGUGAUACAUUCUUAAUCUACCUAAAAACAUUAAAUGUAAUCGUAAUCAAAUUCAUAUUCUAUUUUCAGAUUAAGGUUCAUGUUUAUUUUUAGUGUCUUAGGAUCGGGUUCAAACAAAACGUUGAUCAGGCUAGUAACUUCCCCACAAGGGUAACAAACUCCAUGCAACAAUGCUAGGACAGACAGACAGACAGAGAUUGCAGUAAAUAUUAUUCAUGUUAGCAUUUUCCCUAUGCAUAACAAAUCUCAAUUUCCUUUUCCCCGGGCCUCACCUUGUGGGAUGUCUUCAGUGAAUGUCCUUUAUUUCGAAUAUUUAUCAAGCUGUAAUUUAUGUCCUGUUUUAUUUUUUUUAUUACUUGUUGUGAUUGAAUAUUGUUGGUUUUUGUGCAAAUGUUCUGUUCAUUCCUGUGCAAUUAAAUAAGAAGGCACACAUUGUCCUGUGUCUGCCAUAUCACAAGAGGAUAUUGUGUUGCAAUGGGGAUUUUUCUGAAAUACCUUAGAAUAAGCCAAACUCUAUUUCCUGAAAUUGUCCAGUUGAGGUCUAACCAGGGACCUUUUUCUAAAUGACCAAAUGUCUAAGAAAAACUUGAAAUUAUACUAACAUAAAGAACUGUUGUGUUAAGGUGGUUUGCAUUUUUUUAAUGCAAUAUUAUGACCAAAUAAUAUUAAUAAAAAAGAUUUUAUUUAUUUGUUAGAUGAUGGAUUUUCAUUUUUGCGGUUGGCCUGGUUUCCAACCUUUGUCAGACUAGACCAAACAAGCCCAUAACAUUGAUUUGAAGUUAAACAAAGUUAAUUUGGGGGUUUAAUAAUUUGAAUGAAAUGUUUUAUUUCUGCUGUCAAGCUUCAGACCAAAUGCUUUGAGGGCAGAAUAGAAUAACAUGAACCACAUAAUGUUAAAAAGGGACUGAAUUCUGUGUGGAUAAACAAAUUAUGUAGAAGAGGAUGUUAGAGAAGCUGGCAAAGGGGAACUCGAGACCAUGAGUAUUCUUCAAAGUGUGACUCACGUCCUUUUGCAAUACCAAUUGAUCUAAGUUCACACACCUACUAGAACAGGCAAUAUAGAAAAAAUAUUCUCCUACAAGCGACUUGGAAAAUGCAAACCCUUUCAAACCCAUCACAAGUAUGUAAAACAGGCUACCUUAAGAAAAAAGCACACACACUCCCCACAAACAUAUAGUAUAAGGCACACAUUAGGUAGGUACAUUCCACAACAUUUGUCCAAACCUGCCAUUUACUACCUGUGGUAUUUGCAAAGCUUUUCAAAAGGCAUAGAGGUUACAGUAUGUGCAUCAUAUCUCAAAUACUUGUUCAUGCUGUUAAUACAUCAAUGGAAUAAUAUUGCAUCCCUUUGGUUUCGAGUAUGGCAAUCCUCAGUCCUUCCCCGCGUCAGCGAUUUCAGAAUCAAACAUAGGGGCAGGCCUUAGAGCAGCCAGCACAACACAAACAUUUGCCUAUUUCAUCAUAGUAUCAUGACUUGACGAAUUACUAUGAUAUUAAGCCAUCAUCUGAAUAAAAUAUUUACAUAACUAUUUGCAUUUCUAAUAUUAUAAACCAAUAGGAUUGGGGGCUAAAAUUGCAGCUAAAUGUAUUGUAUACCUGCACAGUAGGUUAAGAAGGCACCUUAGUCAGGGGUUAAUUUACAAUGUAGCUCAUUGAUACAGCCGGAGAAUGUUCAGUCCCACAGCAAAAACCAUUAUGGCACAGCAAAUCAAGAAUGAUCUAGCCUUUGAGCUUGCACUGGGUACCUAGGUAUACCUAAUCAACUCAACUUAAACCCGUUACCAGGGUGUAUAGAAAUGUGUUUUCUGAUGAGGCUUACACAAAUAAAAAUAGUAUUAUACCAUAUAAAGCCUUUGCUUUUACUGAAUGGUCCUCCAACAAAAUAGGCUUUAUUUGCUUUGAUAUGUUUACAAUACAGUGCAUAUGAUGGUGCAACCGGAUAGUCUGGUUAAAUAUCGUAAUUCAGUUCUCAAGUGUGUUUUAAAUGUAAGGUAGAGUCGUAUGAAAGUCAAACAAACUGCACCAAACACUUAUUGAUCCACUGUCCAAAACGACCUUCUCCCUGUAAAAAGGAGUU